ACACUUCCCAUUGAACGGUGAAGUUUCAUAAGAUUCACGUUUGUUUUUUAUUUGGCCGUGGAAAAAACAAAAUUUAUUAAUUAAAAAUGAGAAUAACACAAUUUCUUCGAUCAAAAUUGAAGAACUUCUCAAAUUUUCCAAAGGAAUACAUUGAGAGAAGUAAAAAACAGGUCUACUAUGAGACUCCCAAAGGAACACCACAAUACCUCAAUCGCACCGUUGAACGUAAACGCUAUCGCUAUACCAUGAAUCGUCCGUGGACCGGACAUUUCCGUCAACAAAAUAUGCCCGGUACCAUUAGGAAAAAAGUCCAGAUUACACCCAUAGAGGACUGGAGCUAUUUCCGUGGUGAUCGCGUUGAAAUUUUGGUUGGCAAAGAUAAGGGCAAACAUGGCCUGGUCACACAAGUUAUACCCGAACGUAAUUGGGUAGUUGUUGAUGGUAUUAAUUGGCAUUAUCGCACUGUCGGAGCUGAGGAUGGUUUUCCCGGUGUUCUGAUUAGAUCAGAAGCACCAUUGGAUGUAACCAAGGACAUACGUUUGGUCGAUCCAUCCGAUUUGCAAGGCUGUGAGUUUGAAUGGCGUUAUACUGAAGAUGGUGAAAAAGUCCGUGUAUCAGUGCGCACCGGCCGUAUAAUACCCAUUCCUGAGUCGAAUAAUCAUACUCAUGAUUAUAAGGCCAAAGCUGCUUAUAUUGAAAGAGAAGGAAAGGAUACUCCAGCUACCGUUAUUCAAGAAGUCACCUUUAAACCCAAACUUUCUACCUUCGAAAUGGAUAUUAUGGAAGAAAUGGGCAUAGAAGAAGAUCGUAUACCCAAAAAGAGUUAUUGGUAUUAAAUUAGCCAAAACAACCCAAAGCAACUAGUA